AUGGGUUCUACUGAUACUUUGUCCCCUGAUCCCUCAAGUCCCCUUUUUGUACAUUCAUCUGAUAUUCCUAGGAUUUCAUUAGUUCCUGCUCCUUUUUCGGGUACUGGUUUUGGGGGUUGGAGGAGAAAAAUGAUAGUUGCCUUAUCUGCUAAAAACAAAAUAGCUUUUGUUGAUGGUAUAUGUCUUCGACCUGCUACGAUUGGGGCUGAACAAAAAUUGUGGGAUAGGUGCAACAACAUGUUGCAAACUAGGUAUGGGACUGCAAAUAGAACCAAAAUAUUUGAACUAAAAAGGGAACUUGCCUACACUUCCCAAGAAGCAUUAGACAUAGCUUCAUACUUCAAUAAACUGAAGAGGUUAUGGGAUGAGUUGGGAGUGGUGUGUACUAACCAUGGACAAAGGUGUACUUGUGCUGCAAAACCUGGUACUUUGCAAGAGGAUGAGGAAAAUAAGCUUUUUCAGUUCCUCAUGGGGUUAAAUGAAACAUAUAUGGGGGUGAGGAGUAAUCUUCUUAUGAUGCAACCUCCUCCUAGGCUUGACAGUGCUUAUAACAUUCUUCUUAAUGAUGAAAAGCAGAGACAAGUCUAG